AAUCUAGGUCAAUCGCGUGAGGCGAAUCCGAACGUCAGCUUUUCGCGCGCGUACAAGAUGGCGGCCCAAGUCUACCAAGCAUUUGGCUAAAUCGGGGCAUCACAUGUCUUGUGCGGCUCUGAGGUGUUCUCACAGCGGGAUUUCUAGUUCUGCUGGGAAGUUUUUCAGGUUUCCUAAUGACAACAGAGCCGCUGCUUGCUGCAAGCGUCGCGCGGCGCCGGUUGCAACAAAAGCAUUGGUUAAAGCCAACCAGAGGCUGGUUUUACGCUCACUCCGACUCCCAAAGACCUCGACCGGCCUGGAACGCUAAUGCGACACAGCGUCAGCCCGGAGCUGACAUCGGGGAACCGGGCGUCGAGCAUGGGAUCUCUCGAACGCCUCGCCGUUGCUCUGGCUGUCCUGGUCGCUUCUGGAACGAGCAGUUAUGCAGAAGCUGCCGUCAUGCCGGAUGAACGAGGUAACAGCUUGGCUGCUGGAGGACCUUCGGUGGGCGCUCCAAUCAGGCACAACCUUGGAAAACGAGCUGUGCCUUUGCCGCCCGCAUCAACCGUAUCCGUCGUACCGACAGAAGAAAAAACAAACUCAGAAAAAUCCACCGAAGUGCCUAUGGCGGAGUCGGGUACAGCUGCAACCAUGAGUCCUGCGGACGGUAACACGGAUUCAACGGUAGAACAAGGCACAACACCGAUUGAAGGCACGGAACCAGAAGCCACGCAGACACCCUCAGUUGAGACGGAAGUGACGUCGGACGUUACCAAAACCUCAUCGGAUAUUUCGGGAACGCCUACCGAAGCCACAGAACUAACAGGCUCAACGUUAGUAACCACCGGGACGCCUCUGGAAGUCACAUCGAUCGGCGAAAUCUCGACAACGCAGGCGGUGGAAACGCCGGCAGGCACAGCAACACCAACACCAGUUCAAGAGAAAAACUUCACAACCGGCAUGGAGACAACAGCAAAACCAGAAACGAAAACUCCAUCCAUGACUGACACGGCCGCUCAAACUACCUUUGGCGACACUACUCCACAAAUACCUGUCAGUUCAUCGUCUCCGUUGACUGAGAUCCCCGCGACGCCGCCUACUCCAAUCGCCACGAUGCCACCAACUUCGAGCCCCACGACGCCACCGACCGGGAAUCCUCCUACACUACCGACUCAGAGCCCUACGACACCGUCAACUCAGCUACCCAGUACAAUACCGACGAGUCCUCCGUUAUCGUCAACUCAGAGCCAUACGACACUGUCAACUCAGCGACCCAGUACAAUACCGACUCAGAGUUCUCCGUUACCGUCAACUCAGAGCCCUACGACACUGUCAACUCAGCGACCCAGUACAACACCGACUGAGAGUCCUCCGUUACCGUCAACUCAGAGGCCUACAUCGUAUCCGACUCGGAGACCUUCGUCACAGUUUCCGAACCUGCCGUACAUGCCUAAUCCUAUGCUGCUGCCCAUGGGGCUCGACGAGUUCAUGGGCAGGAUCGGCGUAACCAAAACUUCCAAACAACCAGUGAACCUUCCUUCCUUGUCGCGGCCUAUGAGCCCAGUGCCCUUGCUAUGACCUCAAGCGAGCAACCCACCUCCUCCAUCACACACACUCUCACAUACACACGCCCACACACCGCCCUUCCUCGACCUCCGCAUCAUAUCUUUCAUUCUUUGCACACUGUUCACAAUGAUAAUAAAAGAAAAGCUGUAACAUCGCA